CACAACAACCACCACAACCACCACCACCACAACCACCACCACAACAACCACCACAACCACAACAACAACCACCACCACCACAACCACAAAAACCACCACCACAACCACAACAACCACCACCACAACCACAACAACCACAACCACCACCACCACAACAACCACCACAACCACCAAACUCGCUCCACACGAGGCACCAGGCACGCACGGACGAUGGACACAGGCUCAGCAGCGGCAGCGUCUUAUGCUCAUGCGGAUGGCCCUCAUUAUCCGGUGUCUCGGGGCGGUCGAAUCGGCAAUUGAGGUGGCGAUACUCCACUGAGAACGCCCGCUCUGUCCAGUUGUCCGGCUGGCUAUCCUGUGGGCAGAGAGGGAGGACACACGGCGGGCGGCCAUGUCCACCUCCCGCAAGGCCCGGCCCAAGAGGCUGGCGCCGGCGACGGCUCUGCCUGCGGACUCUGUGCGGUUCAUGGGCGAGUCAGUGGGUGCCUUCCCACUGGUGGACGACGCGUGCGAAACCCUCGCGGAGAACGUUGUCCUACGCCUGCGUCAGCUGCUGCAGUCUUUGCAGGAGGCGGCCAAGUUCACCCGAGCGAGCAAACGGCGGCGGAUGACCACAGGGGACCUCGACCUCUCAUUGAAAACAAUGAAUGUGGAGCCCCUGUAUGGGUUCGAGUCCAAGGAGUUCACUCCGUUCCGCUUCGCCAGUGGAGGUGGCCGAGAAGUCUACUUUGCUCCGGAACAGGAGCUGUGUCUGAGCGAGCUCAUCAGUACACCGCUACCUCGCGUGCCCCUGCAAGUCUCCAUCAGAGCUCACUGGCUUUGCAUCGAUGGCGUGCAGCCGGCGAUUCCAGAAAAUCCUCCGCCCGUGCCAAGGGAGCAGCAGAAGAUGGAGGCGGUGGGGGUGGACGCGAGGGGACCCGUGGGGCUGUCCGGGAGCGUGGACCCUCGCAGAGCAGGGCGGGCGUCUCAGAGUGCGUACGUGCGAGUGCAUCGGCGGCACCCGCACGAGCUGUCCAUGGAGCUGCAGAGGUUCUACUGCGAAGUGACGGAGGCCACCAUGGGCUCCUCGGAGCCCAAGAGAAUCGAGGCCCUGCAGAGCAUUGCCAUGGAGCCGGGCUUCUAUCAACUGAUGCCUCAGCUCAGCACCUUCAUAUCAGAGGGGGUGCGGAUUAACAUUGUCCACAACAACCUGGCUCUACUCAUCUACCUGAUGCGCAUGGUGAAAGCACUGCUGGAGAAUCCGAACAUCUACCUUGAGAAAUACCUACAUGAGCUGAUGCCCGCCAUGCUGUCAUGCGUCGUGAGUCGCCAGCUGUGCCAGCGGCCAGACGUCGACAACCACUGGGCGCUGCGGGACUUUGCAUCACGCAUCGCGGCCCAGGCGUGCAGGAUGUACACGUCACCUGCCAACGCCCUGCUGGGCCGUACCUCCAAGGCCAUGCUCAAGAGCCUGAGUGACUCUGCGGCGGUGUGGACCACACACUACGGCUGCCUCGCCGUGCUGUGCGAGCUGGGACCAGAGCAAUCUUUGGAAGAACGUAACCACCAGGUGAUCUCCUCGCUGGUGCUGCCCCGCCUCAAGCAAGAGGGAGAGAGAAUCCGGUCGAUCCUGAGCGGGCAGGCCAUCAGCAGUGGCGAUCUCUUUGGCGCCCAGCGCGUGGAGAGCAUCAUCCUGAAGCACUGCGCACCGGUGCUGGCGCAGCAGCGCGCGGUGCCAGACGUGGUGCCCGCGUACUGCAACGACUAUGGCUGGCUGGGCCCCGCGCUGUGUGAGCACGUGCUGCGCGCUCGCUCGCUCGCCCUGCGCUCCACGCUUUCCUUGCAAGCACAGCGGAGCACGGUGGGAGCUCAGAGCGCCGUCCCAGCCAGCGUCGCCGCCCAGGGCCCCGCGGCCCCCAGCGGCGUUCCACGACUGCCGCCCACCCCCGCCAGAUCCACGACAAUGGCAUCCGCGGCACCAGCGGCAGUGGCAGGGCCCCCGUCCGGCCGAGCGCUCCCCACGUCGGCGACGCCAUCGGCGCCGGGUCCCCCGUCGGCGAGUGCCGGCGCCGCCUCCCUCGAGGCACGGUGCUGGGCGGUGGCCAAACCAGCGAUGGCCGACGGGGUCUUAAAAGAGCGGCUCCUCUCCCCGUCGCUGCCACCACCACCACCGGCGCCAGCCAAGCAGCUCGUGGCAGUAUCCAGCAGCACGGCAGCGACGGCGGUCACCGUACCACAGGUUCUGUCGCUGGUGUCGGUCACGUCCUCUGCGGCUUCAUGCCACACCACCACCUCCCCCACGCUGGUGAAGCUGGCGUCGUCCGGAGCGCCCGGCGCAGCCCCUCACAAGUUCAUUGUCGUGUCACUACCGGCCUCCACGAGCCGCUCUCCAGGGGGCCAAAAGUCGCUGGCCCCCACACUAGCCCAGCUGCAGCAACAGGUGGCACUCGGACGCCCGCACCCUUCAGGGUUCCUGCUGCAGGCCUCUCCUGCGGGGACGCACCACAUUGUGCGGCUGCCCGGCGUGCAGGGACAGGCCCUGGGCAAGGCCCUUACGCAGAUCGCGCGUGGCCAGGCGCUCACGCUGAAGCCGCAGAGCUCCCUCUUGGGGCAGGCAUCCGCGGUCGAAGGUCGAGCGGUGGACCCGCUCGGGUCGGCCGCUCAAGGCCGGGGUGCGGAGUUAACCGUGGAAGCAAAUGUGAUUUUAGCGCAGAUUCAGGCACCACCGCCGCUUGCGACCAAGGGCCCGGUGGCUGCGACCACCAUUCAAGGCCAGAUUGGGUGUGCGCCCUUAGGAAAGGCUGAGGUUUCUGACCAGCAAAGGCCCUGAGGUGUAGCAGUUUUGCAGAGAAGCCAGGCAUGUUAAAAGUGGAAAACAGUGGAUCACACGUGUUAUUUGCAUGUUAAAGGAGAUCGCUUGAUGUCUCCUCCCCUUGGCUACAGCAUCUCUUGGCUUAAAGAUGCUGGUUUUUCUUACCCAGUUACCAAAGUAUCACCACUAACCCAGACCCAGAGAGUGGGACAGGGACCCUGUUGAGCCAGCAGCACUAAGCCCACAAUACAAAAUUCAUGAGUUGAUUGAUUUCAUGAGUUGUCAUUCAUUGUUUUCACGUUUAUUUUACGUUUCCAAGUUUGAUGGAAAUUCAAUUUCAGUUUGGAUUUAAAGUCAUGAGUCAUCUAACAACUCAUCCCCACUGCCAACAUCAGGUGAUUUCUACCACUUUGGGGGUCCCAAUUAAAUUUGAUAGUUAUUUGUUAUGCUGUUUUACCAUCAUCUCAUUUGUAUUGCUUUUCAUGCUGGUAGCCUCCAACCAAAUCCUCCUGAAUGUGCUAAAUCUCACCGGAUCUUGAAAGUUAAGCCGGGUGGAGCCUGGUUUUGUAGGUGGGAGGAUGUGAGGUGGCCAGGGGGUGAAUCCGUGCAGAUCUGGGCACUCACAGUUUCUUUACAAGUGCCACUCAUUCGUGAGAAAGUGGCCACCAUCCCAAUGCAGGAUCCUCGUGAAGUGCUUCGAGACUUAGUGUUCCUUUUCUAGGUAAAUAUUUGGUCUUGUUAAAUAUGACAUUAAUUACAUGUUCUCAUCCAAAGGACCAGUGGUUAGGGUUCUUUGUCGAGAAUCACUGCGUGUUUGGCAGUGUGUUGAUUCGUUAAGCACUCUGCUGAGUCCCACAGGGGCACCGUUGUAAGGCCUGGGAUGGUGCUGUCCUGAGACUGUUUAAUAAAUUACUGCAAAUGGA